AUGUUGAUUGAAAGACUUCUCAAAACUUCAUCAUUUCAUGUUACUGCAGUGGACUCAGGAAGUAAGGCUUUAAAAUUUCUUGGAUUGGUUGAAGAAGAGCAGAGGAAUGAAGAGCCUUCCUUUGUUGCUCAAAAAACUCAUAAUCAGGAUGUAGAUGUGAACCUGAUCAUAACAGAUUAUUGUAUGCCAGAAAUGACAGGCUAUGAUCUUCUUAGAAAGAUCAAGGAAUCAAAAUCUCUUAAAGAUAUACCAGUUGUGAUUAUGUCCUCAGAGAAUGUUCCAUCAAGGAUCAAUAGAUGCUUAGAAGAAGGAGCUGAAGAAUUCUUUCUGAAACCAGUUCAACAAUCUGAUGUAAAUAAGCUGAGGCCCCAUUUAUUGAAAUCAAAGGUUAAGGAAGUGGGAGAGGAAGACCAACUCAUCAACCUCAGUAGAAAGGACAUAAAUGAAAUUUUAGCCUAA